UUCGGUUGGUCAGAAAGAGGAACAUGCUUUUGGCCCCAAAGCUGAGUUGCCCUACAGUCCCACUUUCCAAUGGGCUGCAGAUUCCCAUUUUCGGAUUAGGCACCUCACAUGAUGGCGGAUACUCCCACGAUGCCAUUGUGUAUGCACUCACAGAGUGUGGCGUGCGCCACAUUGACACAGCAAAGCGCUACGGCUGUGAGGAGCAACUGGGUCACGCCAUCAGAGAAAGUGGGAUACCACGAAGGGAUCUGUGGAUCACCAAUAAACUGUGGAAUGGGGACUAUGGAUACGAAGCUGCAAAGAAAGCCUGCCUGGACUCCUGCUCACAGAUGAGGGUUGAAUACUUUGAUCUGUACCUGAUGCACUGGCCUGAGUCAACGCAACUUUGCUCCAACAGGGAGAUGAGAGCUGACACCUGGAGAGCUCUGGAGGAACUGCAUAAAGAAGGGCUGUGCUCUGCUAUUGGAGUGAGCAACUUUUUGGUCCACCACCUUGAAGAGUUAAAGGAAGACUGUAGUGUCGUGCCACAUGUUAACCAGGUGGAGUACCAUCCUUUCCAGCAGCCCAAUCACCUGAUGGAGUACUGUCGUCAGGAGGGCAUUGUAUUUGAAGGGUACAGUCCUCUGGCCAAAGGUCAAGUCCUCAACAACCCAACUGUUCUUCAGAUCGCACAAAAAUACGGACGCACGCCAGCUCAGAUCUGCAUCCGCUGGAGUAUUCAGAACGGAGUCGUCGCAAUACCAAAAUCCAUCAAAAAGAAGAGGAUUCAUGAAAACUGUCAAGUGUUUGGCUUCGAGCUGGAGAAGUCUGACAUGGUCGCUUUAGGAAGCUUGGAUGAUGGGAGACAUGUGACUUGGGAUCCUACAAAUGUGAAGUAAAACAACUCAGAUUGUCUUAGUCUUGGAACGAGGUCAGUGACCGUAGACCUUAAGACAUUUUGAGAUUGUAAUAAUGUUUUAAUAGGUGCUGUUGUUUCCUGAAGUAGACUGUGUUAUGAUGUCAGAUUAAUUCAUCUCAGCUACAUCUUCUGGAAAAGGAUAAACAGAUGUGCAUAACUCAGUAGGAGCAAACUGUUUUUAAGUGUUGCAUUUUAUGUAAAAAUGUUUUUUUAAUACUGAAAUGAUCAUUAAAAGCAUGAGUAACACUGAAAAGAUGAUCUGUACAAAGAGGAAAUUCAACAUUGGAGACGGAUGUACCAAAGUGGUUACUUGAAACUAUCACUUGAUUUAAACUAGAAUGUAGUUUAAUCUAGUACAAACAUAUAUUACAGAAAGAGGUGAGACUUCUUUGAUGAAUAGCCAAACAAAUAUGGAACGUUAUGAGUUUCCAGGAGCUGAAACAAAAUUAUUCAUUAAACAAACAGAACCAUUUUGGAUAUUUGCAAUUAAGGGACAUUUAUGAAAGAGAAAUAAAGCAAACUGUAAAUCUAUAUUUAAAAAAAUGUGGAUAGCACCAUGGAACCAUGAUUACAAAGCAAAGAAAUACAGAAUAUUAUAUACGUGAUAUCAGCAACUGGAGAGAAGAGGGAACGUAUUACAUGUAAAGCUGAUAUGAGAAAAAUAACUAGGUGUUAAUAUUACAGAAGAUGAGUGAUUGCAUAUUUGGAGAACGCAACCGUCGACAACAUCUUCACAUACUUGGAGAGAACACAGUCAGAAGAAUGUAUUCGAUUUUUUGUAACGCCCAAAAUCUUGUCUGUUGCACAACCAUGUUGGAGAAGCUAUGGGGCAAUAUAUCAUUACCAUGUAUUUUGUCUUUUUCCUGAUAUGAUUAUUAUCAAAAUGCUGGGCUAUGGUACACCAAGGCCACAUAUGGCUUACUGUACUUCAGUAAUAUAUAAUAAAGGAGCUACCUUGUUAAGAGAAGGCCAAUAUCUGCUGAAAGUCGUGGUUGCAGCUUUUAUGAAGGCCAUGACUAAGAGAUGGCACAUGAUGGAUGACUGAAAAACUGUGAAAGAAAUAUGAUAAAAAGCUCAAGAGUACAUAUCAAUGGCCAGAUAAUGUAUGUCAUAGGAAUAAAUAUGUAUUCUGAUUUUUUUUGUUUUUAAGCAGCAUUUCAUGCAGAGUGCAUGUGGAGGACUUUAUAUUUUUAGGAGGAGAUUUUAACCACUGAAAAUGAUCUGCUAGACAGGAACCACCUGGAGCCUCACAGGCCAUCCCAGCAUGCACUGAGGCAGCUUGUGGAGCAACACAAGCUAGCCGAUGUGUGGAGGAGUCUGAAUGGGGAUAAAGACAGUACACUUGGGCUCACUCUAGGGGGAACGUAAUGUCACCAUUUUAACAUGGCAGCCAGCUGGUUGUGUAUUGCCAUGAUUUUGUCAUAGAAGGAUAGACAUGAGUUGGUGGUGGAGAUGGUGUCCAUAGGCUUGAGGAGUUUGUUGAUGGUGGAGAAGCUUUUUGGGGUUGUUGGAGCCAGAUUGGAUGAUGGAGGAGUAGUGAGGAGCGAGCCAUGUUGAGGGCAUCUUUAUAGUUGUUGGUUUGAAGGCAUCAAGGUGAACAGUUGUCGGCCCUGCACUUUGAGGUGGCGAAGUUGGUCAGUGUACCAGAGGGCGGAGUGGGUGAAGGAGACGAGUUUGGGGACGAUGAGUCCAUCAUUAUAGUAAUUGACCAGGGCAGUGGGGGAGGCAGUCGAAAUAGGGCCAGAGGCAGUGACGGUGGCAGCCAAGAUGGAGGAGGACACUCAAUGUCACACGGGAUAUUACCAGAUCUAUGAGGGAAAUCGUGGAGCUGCAGAACUUAGCAGAAUCCACUGGAGAUGGAGAUCACAUUAGAGAUCUCAAGUCUAAAAAGUCUGCUCUGACUGACCUGCUGUGCACUAAGGCCCAGGGGGCGCUGGUGAGGUCACGCUUCAUGAGUGCAACGCUGGACGCACUGUCCAAGUUUUUCUUUGGCCUGAAGAAGAAGAAGAACGGGCAGAGCAGGAUGAUUCAUGCUCUGCUACAGGGCAGGAACUCAGAGAUCCGGAGGAGAGCUGUGAGAUUCUACUCAGCUUUACUGCAGUGAGUACACUGAGAACAAUGAAAUGUUUGAGUCCUUUUGUGGAUCGUUGCCAAGGGUCCCAGAGGACGUGAACGCCAGGUUGGAGGCUCCCCUGGGG